UCGUAGCACUCACAGCUAACCGGUGCGGCCAUUUUAGCACGGCUCGAAUCACUCUUUGGCGUUAGUCUCGUAAAAGGUGAUUUUUCGCUGCAACUACCGUCGCAAAUUAUCCACUCAGUUGUGCUUUGUGUUAACAAACGUACGUAAAUUAAAUUUUACAUAAAAUGGGCGAUGAAAAGAAGAAUACGGAAUCAGAACACAUCAAUCUUAAAGUUCUCGGCCAAGAUAAUGCCGUAGUACAAUUCAAGAUUAAAAAACACACUCCCUUAAGAAAGUUGAUGAGCGCAUACUGUGACCGUGCAGGUCUAAGUAUGCAAGUGGUACGUUUUCGCUUUGACGGCAGUCCAAUUAACGAAACAGACACUCCCACCACUUUGGAUAUGGAGGAGGGCGACACCAUCGAAGUAUACCAACAGCAAACCGGGGGAUCUGUAUGUUAAGAAUGAAUCGUUUGUUUUUAGGAACUACUUUUAUCGAACUUUAAUUGUAGUUUCUAAGAAUGUCAUAUUUAUGUACUAUACCAAUUAGUUAGAAAGUAAUGUUAAGAUAAGUUUUCGUAAAAUUUUGACUAAUUCAAUAUUCCUUUUGUAUUUUAUAUUGAUGCAACAUUAAGGUUGAUUUGUGUAGUUUACCAGUUCUCGUCUCAUGUUUGUUUUUUACUCUCCAAAUUUAAAAUAAAUUUCUAAGCUAAU